GAUUAGCCCUUGAACAAGGAAAUGCGUGGGUGUUCGCGGAGAAAAAGGUCGGGAGAUCUCUCGCAUUGAGAUCGCCCCAUGCAAAUUUUUUGGGGCGACGGCAAAAGCACCGCUGCGAGCACAGGUAUACUUUGUCGCGACCAGCUUACCAGUCCGAACUUGCAGAAAUGGCCCUCACUAUGCGCAACCCGGCCGUCAAGGCUUCCUCGCGCGUGGCGCCUUCGUCGCGUCGUGCUCUGCGCGUCGCCUGCCAGGCCCAGAAGAACGAGACCGCCUCCAAGGUCGGCACUGCCCUGGCUGCGUCCGCUCUGGCCGCUGCCGUGUCGCUGUCUGCCCCCUCCGCGGCGAUGGCCGACAUCGCGGGCCUGACCCCCUGCUCCGAGAGCAAGGCUUACGCCAAGCUGGAGAAGAAGGAGCUGAAGACCCUGGAGAAGCGCCUGAAGCAGUACGAGGCGGACAGCGCCCCCGCCGUGGCCCUGAAGGCCACCAUGGAGCGCACCAAGGCCCGCUUCGCCAACUACGCUAAGGCCGGCCUGCUGUGCGGCAACGACGGUCUGCCCCACCUGAUUGCUGACCCCGGCCUGGCCCUGAAGUAUGGCCACGCUGGCGAGGUCUUCAUCCCCACCUUUGGCUUCCUCUACGUUGCUGGCUACAUCGGCUACGUCGGUCGCCAGUACCUGAUUGCCGUCAAGGGCGAGGCUAAGCCCACUGACAAGGAGAUCAUUAUUGACGUGCCCCUGGCCACCAAGCUGGCGUGGCAGGGCGCUGGCUGGCCCCUGGCCGCUGUGCAGGAGCUGCAGCGCGGCACCCUGCUGGAGAAGGAGGAGAACAUCACCGUGUCUCCCCGCUAAAUGCACCAGCAGCCUGCGGGCCGCAACGCUUGAUCAGCCUUCUGUAUCUCGUUCGGAGGAACGGAGAGCUGCUCUGGCGCUGCGUGUUCUCACCACAUGCAGCUGACGCGGAUGGGACCCUGCUUCAGUCGGCGUGACGGUCUGAGCCUGGCUUUGCUGGUGUCGCUUGUACGCCGGCGGCCGGAGGAGCGGUUGCGUGGACUCAGGAAGCAGCAGGAGAGCGCUUGGUAGCGUUGGAUGGGACGGCCCUGGCCCCGCUCUGGGUCGUCCCCGUCACGUUUUUGAGCGAGCGGGGAAGGAGUUGUUUGAUGCCGUGUCUAUCCCGGUCUUGACUGACUACGGGCGAAAGGCUGGCAUCUGGGUUGUCAGGCGGUGGCUAAAUGGCCGCGUCAGGCGGGGUUGCAGGCGCUGGCCUGUGUAGCUAGAGCCUAGGGUAAAAGUCCGCGGGACCAUGUGUGGAAGGGGCCUAUGGCCUAACCACGCACCGUGGCAUCGAGAAGACUAUGACUGUAAACCAAUUUUCGUUUUUAUUGGGGCAAAAUUGGAUCCGUUGGUGGCAGCACAUACACCGCCCCGGGGACCAACACACAGUUUGCUCUGUAACGGGAUUCCGUUAUU